UAUAUAAAAUAGGUGUUUGUUGUAGAUAAAGUUUGCUUGUUUCUGUGCUUUUUAACUUAUUUCUAAUUGUUAAUAUCCACUACCGCGUCGAGGCCUAUCGGUGUAGCCUAUUAGCUUAGCUUAAGUCUUUAUUGCGAGGCGUGAAGCGCGCUGAAGGCCUGUAGGUGUCGCUGACUCAAGUCCCAAUUUCUAAGUCAGCCGUGACGUAGUGCACUAGAUAAGGCGUGGACUAAAUUAUUUCGCGCUCUGUGUAGGGUUCCUGUAUAGGGAGACGGUCGCUGUUUGGUAUUCGGUUUUGCUUCGGCUUCAAUUCAGUACAGCGGCGCAGAUUUAACACGAAAUGUUAUUGAUAAAAGGUUAGGUUUAUACAUAAUUUAAGUGUUCUUUAUUUGAUUAUUCGUGUGUGAAGGUCAGUUAUAAGCCAUAAAAAUGAAUUGUAGUUAUGAACACCACGUGCUUGCGUGGUUAAAUUUAAUCCGGAUUUUGAAAAAUGAUUUGAAUGUAUUUAAAUCGUAUUUUUGCUCGGUUUUUUUUUUUGUUGUUUUGAAAAUGUAAGGCUUUAGAUUUAAGGUCAUUUGAACUUUUCCAUCAAGGAAAAGGAGGAAAGUGUGAUUUUAUUUAUUUCAUUUAUAAAUAAACUAAAAUGCAUUAACGACAAUUCUUAAAGGUGCUUAUUUUUGUUUUGGCCAGCCCAAAAUGGUGGACACUUUGAGUUUAUCCCCUGUUUAAAGGAAAACUCCACCCUGAACCACAGUACGUGAGGUUGUAUUUAAACGUUUUUCAACAACUCUGGGACACAUUUUGUGUUUUUCGCUAUUGCACUGUGUCUCUUGGGAACAUUGUUAAUGCCCCCCAAGACUGGUCUAAGCAGGUAAAACUAAUAAAGUAACCAUGGUAUAUUUCAAACAAAAGUUAUCUUUAUUUAGUGGAUUAUUUGUAAAUUGUAGGAAAUGAGCAGCUAAUCGAUAAAAUAAAUGCAGUUUCUUUAACAUGUACACAAGUUUUAAUGUUUAUGGUGGAUUUUCCCCUUAAUCAGUGGUGAAUUUGGUCCGCCGAUACAAAGCUGGGCUAAAUUGAAACUUUCCUUGUUUAAGAAAAGUCACUCGUUUAAUCUGUGAUCAUAUUUAUUUUUAUGUAGUAAAUUUAAUUCGUAAACAUUGUUUGGCCUAUAUCAACGUCUCUCAGUGGACUUUUUUUUUCCAUAUUUUAUUUAAACUAAUGUUACAUUUUUCACCCACAUGCCUACUACAUGGACUUUACCUUUUUCUUGUUUUUCCUAUUAAGGUUAAGAUGGGAAGAAUGAAAAAGGUGGCUGAAGUCGAAUGUUGUUUAAAUGAGGCUGAAUUUUACGAGUGCAUGCUAAUUCUGUUUGGCCCGAAGUUCUGAGAAGUUCCCUUCAUGUAGAGUGUUGUCACAUUGGAAGCAAUGAAUGGUUCAAGAUGAAGUACUGAAGUCAGAAUAAGAAACAGAAGAAAGAAGAACAGAAUUUGUUGAAGUUAUGAAGUUAAUCUGAGAAGUGUUCGAGUGGAUAAGAUGAAAGAGGGCUAAGUAACGUGCAUUAGUCUGUUUUUGUCUGAAUAACUCUCGUUCAUUAAAGUUUGCAUGCUACUCUUUCUGUCAUAAAGACAACGCCUUUGUAAACGAUAUUCUAAUGUUAGUCAGUGUUUUGUUAAAGAGAAAAAAAUCAUUCAUGAUGCAAUGGUUUUAAAACAGACUCCAGCUUUAACAAGUCUGAUUGUCAACAUGAUUAGCCAAUAAGAGGUCUGGGGUCAUGACUUGAUGCAUGGUAGGUUCUGGCUCUGUUUCUGUUGUGCUCAUUUUGUUUGGGUUCAUGCAGGAGGAGUCCCGCUCUCGGAGUGUGAGUCCCAGAGGCUCUGUGAAGUCGAACAGCAACUCUCCAGGAAGAUCUAAGGAUGGCUCCCACCGCUCUCGCUCCAGGUCCAAGUCCCGGUCCAGGUCCAGGUCAAAGUCGAGGUCUAGGUCUCGUUCUCAUCGGAGCUCUCGUCGCCAUCACUCCCGUUCCCGUUCUCGAAGGCGCCACUCACGCAGUCGGUCAUACAGCCGCGAGUACCGUCGCAGCCGCAGCCACUCGCCUAUGUCCAAUCGCAGGCGGCACGUCGGCAACCGGGUACAAAGCUCAUUGAGCUCUGCGUUUGCACGAGACACAGAUCAUACCACACGUCCUCAGCUCUCUCACUCUGGCUCCAUAAAAGCAAACCCUGAACCCAACUGUUGCCUGGGUGUGUUCGGCCUGAGCCUGUACACCACCGAGCGAGACCUGAGAGAAGUGUUCUCUAAAUACGGCCCUCUUGCCAGCGUCACCAUAGUCUACGACCAGCAGUCUCGCCGCUCACGUGGCUUUGCCUUUGUCUACUUUGAGAACAGGGAGGAUUCCAAAGAGGCUAAGGAGCAGGCUAAUGGCAUGGAGUUGGAUGGUCGGCGUAUAAGAGUGGACUUUUCCAUUACAAAGAGACCACACACCCCUACACCUGGCAUUUACAUGGGCCGGCCCACCUAUGGUGGUGGUGGAGGAGGAGGUGGUGGAGGAGGAGGAGGUGAAAGAAGACCCAGUACAUCCUCCAGCCGUUCCAGAGACUAUUAUGAUCGCGGCUAUGACCGUGGCUAUGAUCGAGGGUAUGACCGCUACGAUGACCGGGAAUACUACAAAUCCUACAGGCGCAGGUCUCCUUCACCCUACUACAGUCGUGGAGGAUACAGAUCCCGGUCCCGCUCACGAUCCUACUCUCCACGGCGCUACUGAGGAAGCUGGAGUGUCUCAUCGAUGGAGAGGAUUCUGUGCUUGUGAUUGAAGAAUAAUGGGGAAAUCAAAGUUUUAUGUUUUUGGUGUGUUUGGUGUUUUUUUUUUUUUUUUUUUUUUUUUUUUUUAAAUGCCAUGCAUGUUUCAUUUAAUAGUCAUUGUUUAUGAUGAGCUGUGCAUCUUCUUGUUAGAUUGGCCACAGGCCUCAUUUGAUGUUUAGCUUGUGUGAGUGUGUUAUGUUGCAAUAUACCAGCGUGUCCCAGUCAAAAUCCUUAAACUGGAACAGCUGGGGAAUCCAAUGUUGUCACUAUUCAAGAAAUAAACAGUAUUUUACAA